CAAACAACUGAUUUCCUCGUUACUCUCAUACUACACUUCGCACUACAAUGUCAACCGCAGUUCCAGGUGGUCAAAGAACCCUAGCUAAAAGAAGAGCUGCUCAGGAUAAGAAGGCCAGCCAAACUCCUGCCUCAACCAGGUCUGUUGGUGCUGGUGGCUCUUCUGCUACGAUGUUGAAGUUGUACACCGACGAAGCUCAAGGGUUGAGGGUUGAUCCAUUGGUCGUUUUAUUCUUAGCUGUUGGCUUCAUCUUUAGUGUUAUCGGUUUACAUGUUAUUUCCAAACUAGCAACAAAGUUUUUCUCAAAGUCCUGAACAAAUAUCCAGAAUCAAGCAAGGUUGGUGAAAAUGGCUAAAUAACAUUGGGACAUUUCGUGAAAUGGCUGCCAAAAAAAC